UAUUGCAAAACAAAUCAGAUUUAGACAGCUCAGUUAGUUAUCUGUAAGGGCAAGAGGUCAGUUUGUGGUUAACCUUGAAACUUCAGUCAGCACACUCAUCUGGACAGCUUCUGACCAACUACAUCUACUAACGAGAUGCAGCGAAGAAUUCUAGUUGUGUUGUUGGUGAUUGCCAUGACGACAGGGGACAAGUCCCUGGACCUCGGGAAGGGAGUGUUGGUACAUCUGUUUGAGUGGACCUAUCCUGACAUUGCUAAGGAGUGCGAAGAGUUCUUAGCUCCGAAAGGUUUCGCAGGAGUCCAGAUUUCACCACCAAGUGAGAACCUGGUGUCAGCCGGGCGGCCUUGGUGGGAGCGCUACCAGCCGGUAUCGUACCGUCUGAUCACCAGGAGUGGCACAGAUCGCCAACUAUCAGACAUGCUCUCUCGGUGUAACAGAGUCGGUGUCAGGGUGAUAGCAGAUGUAGUGUUCAACCACAUGACAGGCUCACCCCCGGACUGUAAGGGUGUAGGAGGAAGUACCUGUGAUGGCAGAGGUCUCUCUUAUCCUGCUGUACCUUACACGUCUGCUGACUUCCACCAGCCCCAGUGCGGCAUCAAGGACUGGAAUAACCCCUCUCAGAUCUGGAACUGCAACCUAGUCGGGCUUCAUGAUUUAAACCAGACGAGAGAGGAGGUCAGGCAGAAGGUUGUUGACUACCUGAACAACCUGAUUGACCUGGGAAUGGCAGGUUUCAGAGUAGAUGCUGCGAAACAUAUGGACCCGUCGGAUCUCAGAGUGAUCUACGGCAGACUGAAGAACCUCAAGACAGAACACGGCUUUCCGCCCAAUACGAAACCUUUCAUCGUCCAGGAGGUCAUUGAUUAUGGUACUGAUGGAGUGAAGUACCAAGAAUAUACACCCCUGGGCCUUGUCACUGACUUCAGGUUCGGAAAAGAGCUGGGUCGCUGUUUCCAAGGACGGAAUGAUAUCAAAUGGCUGACCAGCUUCGGUCCAGCUUGGAACAUCCUACCCGGAGAUAAGACAGUGGUGUUUAUUGACAACCAUGACACGGAACGCAGCUCAGAUUCUGACAUUGUCAACUACAAACGGUCUCGAUCGUACAAGAUGGCCAUAGCCUUCAUGUUGAGCUGGGGUAUUGGAACACCCAGGGUACUCUCUAGCUUUCAGUUCUCGGACUUCAACCAGGGACCACCCAGAGAUAAAAAUGACAACAUCCUCUCUCCAAGACCCAUACAGGCAGACAUCUGCACCAAUGGCUGGUCGUGUCAGCAUCGCUGGCGUCAGAUAUACAACAUGGUUGCCUUCCACAACUUUGUGCGAGGUACUGAAGUAGCUUCAUGGUGGGACAAUGGAAAGAACCAGAUAGCUUACUGCAGAGGCCAUAAAGGAUUCAUAGCUUUCAACGUGGAGAACUACCCUCUGAACAAAAAGCUUCAGACCUGCCUCCCGAAAGGAUCUUACUGUGACAUAAUCUCCGGUAACCUGGAGGACGGUCGGUGCACAGGCAAGACCGUGGAGGUGGGGGAGGAUGGUACAGCCCUUAUCACGAUCGGAGAGUUCAAUCCUACUAACCCAGACGAUGGUGUCCUAGCCAUAUACCUAAAGCUAUCUACUAAUUUGCACCCCAAACUUUACCGCCCUAGGAUCAGAGUUCCCUCUUCCACCUCCAGUUACCAUCUUCUUCUUCUUCUUUUGUGGCUUCAACUGUCAACUUACCGCUUACGAACCUUUAAAUAUAGUUAUUACCAUAAACCACUUUCAGAACCUGGUAUUAAUAAAAUAAAGAUUUCAGUUUUAUAAAACUA